GCCGCGGCGCACGGAGCGUGUUUUUUGGAUACAACUUGCCAUUCCGUAACGCUGUGUCGUCUGUCGGGGGUUACCUAAAGCCACACGCAGCGCACCACACACACACAUAGACAGGAAAAACCUUUGAAAGCAAAGGACUACGAUGUGGAAAUAGCUCAAGAUAUAAGCAACAUUUAAACCCAAAAAAGGAACAAGCAAAACGCACUUUUUGGUGCAAGGAAAAGACAGCAGCAGCAGCAGCAGCAGCAGCAGUGAAGGAAAAUCUACCGGAAAACGGAGUCUAAAUUCUUGUCGGUGCUUUUUCGCCACGGUUCCCCCUUUUUUUUUUUUUUGGGCAGCCAACGCGAAUAUCGAUUGCUGACGAGGACGAGGACUGCCUUGCAUAAGUCCACAGGGGAGCUUAGUGUACAAAAGGCAGCAGCAGAAGGAAGCAUCCAAAAGGAUAACAACUCAAAUGAAACCAUUCAAGUCGAAGACAACGAACGAAGCGCAGAACUUGUAGCAAUUAAGUUUUCAUUUUAAUCAUCAAUAUUGAUGCCACGAUGCUCAGGAAUGCUGCGAAGAUGCCUCAGAAGAUGAUGUUGCAGGAGGAGCAGAAACUGCCUCAGAAAUAACAGCAGAAACAACAACAACGAAGAAGAUUUUGCACACAUCUCCACAUAGAUUUCCACAUUUAUCUCUACGCUCUCUCCGUGUGUGUGUGUGUGUGUGUGUGUGUGUGUGCCUGCCCUUGUUUCGCUUUUCCUUUUGCUUUUCUUUUCUUUUCUUUUAUUGUAUUUCUUUGACUUGUGUUUGUUUCGCUGAAAAUGGAUAUUGCCUUGCGUGGCACGGGCACAGCAUCAACGACUGGCACUGGCACUGGCACAGUCGCAGGUCCUCGCAGCGGCACUGGCCUCCACCAUGCUGUGUCAUUGGGCAACAUUGAGGUCUCCGCCAAGGCCACCUACUCCAGCCACAUGGAUCGCAGCUAUGACUCCGAAGAUGAAAACACAGGCCGAAGACGACUACGUCACACGCUUUCCACCGAGCUACAACCACGAGCCAGCGUCUACUCGCGCGGGGAUAUCAGGGAACAGUAUUGCCUCACAGAUCGACAGCUGCACAGCAUUGAGCAGCGUCCGCGACGAGAACGCUUCUUUGGUUGCCUUUCGCGACGCGGACAGACGCAGUCGGGCAGCUUUUUGGGCGGCUGUGUGGGCCGUCGUGUGCCCUCCGAUGAGAAUUUGGCAGCCUACGCGCCCUUCGAGAAGUAUCCACGAUAUCAAAACAACUAUACGGACACACACGAAUUGGAUAGUUCCUAUUUUCGACGACAGCCAGCCUCGAUUCUGAGCACGGGCAAGUCGAGUGAGCCGGAUCUGGGUGGCAGAUACACCUGGAUAGGACAGCAGCAGCAGCAGCAGCAAAGCAACAACAACUCCGAGUACCAAACGAAUCAUAGGGCAACUUGUUGUACAGCACCACUUGAAUCCUUUUACCAGGAUGUUUUGCUACGGAAUUAUUAUGUCGAGCUUUGCGCUCCACCAAAUCCUACACCACCAACAUCACACACCAAUCAAAUCGCUAAUCUAAAUGUUUGCUCGUAUCACUGCCCCACAUAUGCCACGAUGCCACACGCACACCAUCAUCAGCAGCAGCAGCAGCAGCAGCAGCAGCAGGCAGCGGGAAGAACCAAACACGUGAGCUUUGCUCGCUCGCACACGCUGACCAGCUUCGAUAAUGUCAAUGCGGGAUUUCGCUCCUCGGGCCGCUUGAAGUCGGCCAGCAGUCAGGAGCGUUUGAUUGGUGGCAAGAAGCCCAUCAUAGCCUCUGGCUCCAUGUACGAGACACUGCAGCCCGCUGCACAGAGCUCCACGCUGCCCAAAACGUGGCUGCCACCGCCCGUGCAACUGCAGACAUGUCAGCAUCAUCAUGCGCCCAUUCAUCUGCAUCAGCCAUUGGGGGACAACAUGCUGGGCCUCAUCAUACCACAGCCGCUGCCGCUGCCGCUGCCACUGCCACCGCUCAGUCCGGAGGUUCUGAUUGUGGAGAAAAAGUUUCGCAAUGCGAUGAAAACUCAGGCCACACAAACGGAGGCGGCGGCGCGCCGGCAGGCUGGGUACAGCACCCAAGUUCUGUCACUGAGUCCCAGGCCGCCACAUCGCAUCAAGGUGGUCUCCCAGGGAGCACAAACCAAUGGCCUGCAGAAUGGCAAGAAGUUGACAAAGAGCCUCUCGGAGAUACCCAAUGGCAGGGAUGCGCAGGCGCAGCCUUAUCCACAGGGCAUAAUCUACCCACAUGAAAUGAUCUACCGCACCCAAUCGCAGGAUGUGACGCCGCUGCAAACCCUCUCGGAUGCCCAGAACAAUAUUAUGUACUACAAGCCACCGCCGCCGCUCCUCGACCCCCACAGCUAUGGCCUGGGCAUGGAGCACUUGAGCCGGGCAGGACGUCCCUCUGCGGCGGAACAGAAUGUGGAGUAUGUGAAUGUAAAUGCCGCAGCUGUGGCGCUCAACGAGAGCUUCGACUACGAGAGCAACAGCUUGCCGCGACGCACGCGCCCCGAGGCGGAUUUUUACUCGAACAGUUUGCCCCGACGAGCGGAUACCCUGCACGGACAUUUGACGGAGGUUGUGGAACUGGACUUUACGCGUCCGCACUUGCUGCCACCGCCCAGUGAGUACUGCAAGAACGACGACGAGCCGGAGGAUGUGGAGGAGUACUACGACGAUGAGGAGGAGGAGGAGGAGGAGGAGGACGGUCCCUCGCAUCCACACGAAACGGAGAGCUACAGCUCGGAGCUGUGCAUGGAGCAGGCGGCGCGGCGCAUGUCCAUGCUGCCGCAGAUGAUGGACUCCCCGUUCCGCAGGGACGAUCUGCGGCGCCAGUCCAUGCCGGUCUAUGGCCAGACGGAGAAGCUCAUCGAUGGCUUUGGGCCGCGCACAUCCUUCCGACGGCGCGACAAGGUCAGCUGCUUCCCGGAUGAGCCGCACGCAGGCGGCGGGCUGCGACGCGAUGAGCAGGAGAUUUUCAUUGACUUUAAGCCGCACGUGUCCCCGAAGCCCAGUCCCAAGCUGCAGCUGAAGCAUCGGAAGCAGCACAAGGCGGAGAUUGCCAUGCGGAAGAUGCAGCAGCAGCGAAUGGCCCAGGCCGCUGCUUUGACGCUCCCGAAGCUGAAGUCAGUCGAGGUUGAGGCUAGAAAAGUUGAGCUUGUGCCCAGCGACGCGGACGAGGACGAGGACGAGGAGGAGGACGAUGAACAGGAGCAGGACCCCGAGGAGGAUGACGAGGAGGAAGCCGAAUCGGAGCGGAAUCGCACAGAGAACGAACACCCCGAGGAUGAGGAUCCCAUCUAUGAGAACAUAAUCCCCUGUGGCUGCAAGGUGGAGCCACCAGCAGCACCACCGCCACCACUCAUCCUCGAGGACAUUCAGGACAAGCGUUCGCAAUUCCGCAAGCGUUCCGUCAGCCUGGAUGAUGAUUAUGCCGCUGCCGCUGCCGCUGCCGCAGGCAUCUUUCCAGCACCUGGACCUGGUCUACGUCUGCCCUCCACGCCGGCCAGUCCCUGCCGCGAGGAGCUGCUGCUGGCCAAUGUCUCAACUUAUCCAUCCUCAGACUCGCUGGCCAACGACACGACACGCGACCACUCCGAUGGCAUUUGGAAUGAGUCGCAGGUGACCGUGCUGACCGCCGAGCAGCACAUCUCCGAUGGCUCCUACAGCUCCAAUCUGCUGCUGACGCCCUCAUCGAAGCGCAAGAACCUGCUGCUGCAGCAUCAGCAGAGGAGUUCCGUGGACACGGAUGCCUUGGAUUUUGAGGAGCAGAGCCCCACCUAUGGCCUACAGACACUGCCAAAGAUCAUCAAGACGCCAACGCCAACCACUUCCAGGCCUGCCUCCUCCACGCUGCCGCUGGUGCCGCCUCCAGCCAUUGCCGUAACCCCAUCCAGCAUGGACUCUGCCUCGCCGCUGCUCAAGCUGCGGGCCAUGAUGCCCAGGAGUUCCGUGCCAGAUGCGCGCCAGCUCAUGUAUCCAAGUGGACCAGCAGGGAAACAAAGACACUCGGAUGCCUCAUUUCUGCCCAUGGCUGUGCCGGACUAUGCUCGAAGUGCGGACAUCUCCGAGUGCAGCACGAAUACAGAGGAGUAUGCCACCUGCACGGAUAACUCGAAGCGUACACCAGGUAUUAAGACACCGCCGACAACGACCAGUUCAUCGUCCGCGACACAAGUGCCAGUCUCCACUCAGAGCUCGCAGCUGGAUAAGACCCAUGCGGGCAGCUCCUUCGAGAGUGCCAGCUCGCUGUACUCCAUGCGGGAGGAUCUGCUGCACGAUGGUUCGUCUGAGAAGGAGAAGCAACUGAGAGUGUCGCAGUCGUCGCUCAAGUCCCCCAUGGGUGGCUCGGUGGCAGAGUUGACCAGAAAGUCGCCCUCGCAUUCGAUCAGCAGCACCACAUCCUCGGGCAGUUGUCAGGUUAUCAAAUCGCCAGCUAAGGAGAUGCAGUCCCAACCCCAACCCCAACCCCAACCCCAAGCACAGUCGAUGGCCAGCUCUGCUAGCCAGCAAAUCAAGGUAACAGAUGCAGCGGCUGAGUCUGCGGCUGUGGGGAAACCCAAACCCGAAUCCAUAUCCGAGGAUGAGCGCAGUGAGGUGCGUUACUCCUCCUCCGGCUACUACGAGAGUCCACACGAAGAGGACGACGAGGAGCAGGUCACCACCACCUGCAAGGCUCGCCGCCUCAGACACGAGGAUAACAAGCGGCGCAAGACCAGCAUGAAGCUGGACAUUGAGAAGGAGAACAUGCGCGCCCUCACCAGUCCCAUCAAGAAGUCCCUGGCGGGGAAGCAGUCGCUGCAGUCCCCGGAGCAGCACAGUGCUGGCGCACUGGAGAAUGGAAGUCCCAGCAAGAUCAAACGUUUCCGUCCCAAGAUACGGCGACAGCUGCGCAAGAGCUCCAGGGAGGAUGUGCUGGCAGCGGCAGCGGCUCGCAGGACUCGACCCACCAUCUAUGGACUGAGCAGCGCCAGUGGGGAUACGGAGUUGCUGCUGGAUGGCAGCAUGACCACCACAGUGGGUCCCAGCCCGAGGCCGAGCAUUGUGCCCACGACAGCAGCCAUAACGACGGAAACCACCACCACCACAGUCAUUGGAGUGGCGCCACCGCCGCCACAGGAGAAGGAGCUGCAGCAGGACCUCGAGCAGGUGAAGAAGCCUCAGCCACAGCCACAGCCACAGCCACACAGCUGUGCCACGCCCACAUCUCUGCUAUCGCCGAAACUGCCCACAGUCAGAAGCACUCACUCCAAGUCCGCUUCGGAGGCGACGGGCCAGCUGAAGGCCAAAUCCAUCGAGUCCCUGCGCUCGGUGUCGCCCGGCUCCGAUUCGGUUUUCUACAGCGAGGCCGCGGAUCAGGGCCACUGCCACCACUGUGGCAAGGAGAUGGAGGGCAAGCAGCAGGAGCUGGUGGGAGACUCCGUGGAGUCCAUACCCUACAUCGAGCAGGAGGCGGACAUUGUGAAGCCGCCGUCGGACUUUGCCGACUCCCCCGUGACCACGAAGACCACUCAGCGGCUGUACAAGAAAAUGGACAAGCGAUUCCGCUCCGAGGAGCGCUAUCACGCCGGGGAGCGGGGCAGGCACUACAAGACACGCCAGGAGAACAUCAGAGCCAAGAGCGAGGAGCGUGGCCGAGCGCCCAGUUUGCCCAACACCCCUGUGCUACGUCCCGCUGGCUCCAGUCCCUGCGUGCUGCCCGACAUCGGCACGGAACCGAACCAGCAUAUCAUCUACAAGGGCCACUACGACGAAGGCAGAUACACCCGGCUCACGGAUGAUGAUCUGUGGACGCAGCUGGACCAUCAGUGUUUCGAUCGUUCGCGUGAGCGCCGCGCCUCCACAGAGUCCGAGAAGGGUUUCCAUGCCAAGUACCAGGUGAUACUCCAUCGUCUGGUUCAACGUCGCUGCACGCUGGAGAUGUAUCAUCGCCAGAAGAAUAAUAAUUUCCGCGUGGACAAAACCGUUGUGGUGAAGAGCGAUUCGGGUGAAUUCGGUUUCCGCAUCCACGGCUCAAAGCCUGUCGUGGUGGCCGCCAUCGAGCCGGAGACGCCAGCGGAGAGCUCUGGCCUGGAGGUGGGCGACAUUAUCAUAUCGGUAAAUGGCAUCCAGGUGCUGGACAAACAUCACACAGAGGUCGUGAAGAUUGCCCACGAUGGCUGCGAGAAACUGGAGCUACAGGUGGCCCGCACCAUUGGAGUGCUAAUGCACGAGCAGCUGGAGCCACCCAGCGAGCCCAUCUUCAGUGGUUAUUUGUGGCGCCAGAGCGGACAGGCCAAGGGGGCGCCCAAUGCCAAGAAAUGGGUGAGACGUUGGUUCUCCCUGCGGCCAGAUAAUUGUCUGUAUUACUACAAAACAGAAGAUGACUCCCAGCCCGUUGGUGCCAUGAUCAUGGCCAAGCACACUGUGGAUCUGUGCCCCGUGGACAUUGGCAAGCCUUUUGCCUUCAAAGUGGAUGCUGGCGAGGGCAUACCCAUGUACGUGGCCGCCGACUCGGAUGACUUGGCCAACAGAUGGCUGAAUUUGCUGCGCCAGGCUGCCGCCCAGGAUAAUCAGUGGCUGGACAAGAGUGCGCGGUGCUUGUACCAGGCUCCGACCAGCAUUCAGCGGCCCGAUUGCUUUGGCUAUUUGCUGAAAUUGGGCUCAAGGUGGUGCGGCUGGUCGAAACGCUAUUGUGUACUUAAGGAUGCCUGCCUCUAUUUUUACCAAGAUGCAAAUAGCAAGAGUGCAUUCGGAAUGGCCUGCUUGCACGGCUAUAAGGUGGCCUCAAUGUCCACAAAUGCGUCCGGCAAGAAGAAUUCAUUCGAGAUAAUACCACCAGAAACGAAAUUGCGUCACUAUUAUUUUUGCACUGAAAGCGAAAUGGACAAGAAGCGCUGGAUAUCCGCCUUGGAGUACUCCAUUGAUCGCUGGAUUAAGUCCGGGUAACUAAGGUUAAAAACGCGCUCCAGAUCGGUCUUGGGCAGCCGUCGAAAGCGUCGCAGUUUUAGCUACUUCAUGGAUUAAAUUGA